UAUACGAACACCAUAUCCUCUUUGUUUUUGCUUCAUCUCAUCUCCAAAAUUUCCUCAGAAACCAGAAUUCACUAACAAAAAAAAAAAAAGUUGAAAGAGAUUGAAAUAGAAAACACCAACAACAGAGGAAGGCCCUUCUCAAAUUCAAUUGAGAAAGCAGUAACAGAGAAAUUGCAGUAAUAAUUUAGGCGAACAGUAGAGGAAGACAACCAAAUUUUUGUUUUUCUCGGGGAUGACAGUAUUUCACUGUUCUUUUGAGGGAAGAUUGUAGUGUAUUUUCUUAGAUCUUAAGAGAUGGAGAAAGAAGAGAGGAGCCAAAGAGCAUGCAAAACAAUAGAACCAGAGGUGUUCUUACAGUGGGGGAAUAGAAAGAGGCUAAGAUGUGUGAGAGUUAAAGACCACCCUCAGAAGAUCUCUCUUAAAUCCAAUACUAUAAUUCGUAGAAGAAUCACUUCUCGUCUCUUAGAUAAAGAAUCCUCCCCAUUUUCUCAAUACACUCAUCGUCUCACUAGGAAUUCAGAAUCAGCUAUACUCCGAUCAAGUGAUCAUCGGAAAGUGUUGUCGUCAGCCGAGAAGGAAGACAGGUACUACGCAACAAAGGGAUCAUCAGCAGUGGGAUUGGUGGAUGAGAAUGGGAAGAUUACAGUGGAUAGCAUCAAUAAUGGAGAAGAUAAAAAAGGAAGGAUAGUGUGGCCAAAGCUGUAUAUCACUUUGUCAAGCAAAGAAAAAGAGGAGGAUUUCAUGGCAAUGAAAGGGUGUAAACCCCCUCAAAGGCCUAAAAAGAGAGCCAAAAUCAUCCAAAGGAGCUUACUUCUGGUGAGCACUGGGGCAUGGUUGACUGAUAUGUGCCAAGAAAGAUAUGAAGUUAGGGAAAAGAAGAGUUCUAAGAAGGAUGCACAUGUAGUUAUCUUCACACUUUUUAAUGCAGAGGCCAAGGGGAUUGAAGGCCAUGCGGAGUGUGGAAAGUGAUUCAGAUUGAAGACUAUAUGCCAUACAUCCAUGGCUGCAGCAGCAGGAGCCUAUUCAACUCUGAUUUUUUUGAAGUAUUUUUGCAGUUACUGUUAAUGGUGUCGUUAAGAAAUUUGAGAGAGAAAAUAUAGAAAAGUUUAAACAGUCUCUUGCUUGCUGGUGUAUAGAAGUUGAAAUCUACAUUUUUAUGAAUGAAAACAAUUGUACUUCUUCACCACUCCAUUUUUUUACUGCA